UCUGUAAUUCCCUAGGCAUCGUCCCUAGGGAAAAAAUGGCUGCCGUGAAGUCGUGGCGGCACUGUCUGGGGAAAAUGGCGGCUGUUACAGGGGAACAGACAUAACCUCAAAGCUCUUCAGGUACGUGGAGUCACUCACAUGGCGUAAACAUGCCGCGAAAGGGGAAAAAAUUGUUGAAAAGGAAGUCUGAAGGUGUUAAAGUUGAUAAUGAAGUGUUGGACGAAGUGAAAAAUCAUGAAGAAGACGACGUGGCCUCUUCUAAUCAGGACUCUGGAACUGAAGAUCUCCUCCCCGAAGAGUUCUCCAGCGAUGGCGACAGCUCCGACGACGAUGUCCUGGAGAAUUCUCACCCAGAGGACUCGGACGAGGAGAAGGACGAGGUUCUCUUCGAUUCUGAUAUCGAGAGUGACGACCUGUCCUUCGAAAGUGCUUCAGAACAAUCAGAAGAAUCAGAAGACGAGGAAGAGCAGAAUGAUUUGCAGACCUCCGAGCCCUCACCCACCUCUCCAGACCCUUCUCCACCCUCAGUAGACUCAUCCAACCCCUCACGCAACCCUUCACUAUCCAAACAACCCCCUAAACCCCCCAGGAAUGCACCGAAACCCCUGGAAAAUCCUUCAACCUCAUCAAAACCACCUCAGGACGAGUACGAAUACGAUUCCUCUGACGAAGAGGACAUUCGCAACACCGUUGGUAACAUUCCCAUGAAAUGGUACGAUGAUUACCCCCACAUCGGUUACAAUCUCGAUGGGAAGAAGCUCCUGAAGCCAGAGAAAGGAGAUCUCCUGGACAAUUUCCUGAAGCGAAUGGAAGAUCCUGACUUCUGGCGAACUGUUAAAGACCCAACGACUGGUCAGGACGUGAUUCUGAGUGAAGAAGACAUCAAUCUCAUCAGGAGAAUCAAAAACCAAAAGAUUCCAGACUCUCAGUUUGAUGAUAACGCACCCUGGAUCGAGUAUUUCACCUCUGAAGUGAUGAAGACACCUCUGAGGAAGUUCCCAGAGCACAAAAGAUCGUUUUUACCAUCUAAAAACGAAGCUAGACAGGUCUCCAAGCUGGUGCACGCCCUGAAGAUGGGAUGGAUCAAGUCCUCGGAGGAUAUGGCGAGGGAGAGGGCUGAGAAGAAGAGGGAACCACAAUUUUAUAUGCUUUGGGCGUCUGAUGAUCAGGCUGAGGAGAUGAGAAGAAUUCACAAACAUAUUUCAGCACCAAAGAGACAUUUACCUGGACAUGCUGAGAGUUAUAAUCCACCACCAGAGUAUUUGUUCGAUAAGAAAGAGCUGAAGCAGUGGAAUAAGUUGAAGAUGACACCCUGGAAGAGGAAACUUCAUUUUAUUCCCCAAAAGUUCAAGUCCCUGAGGGAAGUUCCUGCUUAUCCCAAGUACAUCAAGGAGAGGUUCCAGCGAUGUUUGGACCUGUACCUCUGUCCCCGAGCCCUGAAGAUGAAGCUAACAAUUGAUCCUGAGGUGUUGGUUCCUCAGCUGCCCAGCCCCAGGGACCUCCAGCCCUUCCCCACGACCAUGUCGAUGGUCUACAAAGGUCACACCGACAUGAUAAGGUCCAUCACAACCCAGGGAAGGGGUCAGUACUUUGCUUCUGGUGGUGAUGACAUGAAUCUACGAAUCUGGGAGAUAUCCACUGGAAGAUGUGUGAAGGUUAUACCUUGUGGAGGUGUCAUCAGGUGUGUUGCCUGGUGUCCUAAUGAAGCUGUCUCUCUGAUUGCUGUUGCUGCUGAUAAAAAAGUACUUCUGAUAAAUCCAGGUGUGGGGGAUCACCUGGUGACAAGUAAAACAGAUAAACUCAUGGGAAUUAUUCCUGAGAGUGAUGUCAUUGUCAGUGAGAGGGUGAAGGGGGCUGUCCAGUGGGAGCAGGCUGAGGGGGAGGUGUGGACAACUGGAGUCAGGGUUGUACUGAAUCAUUUCAAGAUUGUUAAACAGGUUACCUGGCAUCCUAGAGGUGAUUAUUUUGCAAGUGUUAUGCCAGAUGGACAGAAUAGAUCGGUUUUGAUUAGUCAGUUGUCGAAGAGAAGGUCACAGAUGCCCUUCAGCAGGCCCAAGGGACUUGUCCAGUGUGUCCUGUUUCAUCCUGUCAAGCCCAUAUUUUUUGUUGCGACUCAACGACACAUUCGUGUUUAUGAUCUUAAAAAACAAGAGAUGAUAAAGAAAUUGUUGUCAGGAUGUCAAUGGAUAUCGACAAUGGCCAUUCAUCCAGCUGGUGAUAAUGUACUUGUUGGUACAUACGAUCGUAAAAUGCUUUGGUUUGACAUGGAUUUAAGUACAAAGCCCUAUCAGACUUUGAGGUUACAUGGUACUGGUGUACGUGGAGUGGCAUUUCACAAACGUUAUCCUUUGUUUGCAUCUGGUGCUGAUGACAGAGGUCUCAUUGUCUCUCAUGGAAUGGUUUACAAUGAUCUACUUCAGAAUCCACUGAUUGUACCUCUCAAAAGAUUCUCAAAUCAUGAAGCUUACAAUGACUUUGGCAUCUUGGACGUUCACUUUCAUCCCAUCCAGCCCUGGAUAUUCUCAGCUGGUGCUGAUGCCACCAUCAGAUUGUACACGUAAUCAACGAUAAAUUAUCGUGGAUUAAAUUAUGUUUUAGAUUUAAUAAAUCAAUUUUACAUUUGUGCAAAUAUGAAAUGAUUUUGUCAGUUUGUUUUCCUCGAUUAUGAUACAGGUGAGUGUCCAAGACACUGCCAUUCAGGUUCUCCACAAUCGCAGAUUCUACCUGCUGGUCUGACUUGAAAGACAGUGACAAUGCCCUUGCUGUCAUCGAAUCUACAACUAAUAUGUAAAUCAUGAAUUAAAAAUGUGUAAAAUUGAUUGGCCCAUCUUUGCCUGAGGUAGACAGAUCUUGGAUCCUCCUGGAGGACAUUCUCAAUCGCCCUCUUCUGCUCCUCGAUUUUAUCAUUAACAAUUUCGUUGAGUUGUCUCAGAGCUCGAUCAUUGAACAUCACAGACAGUGAUCUAGAUCCAGACUGGCUGAUCCAGUCAGGCACCCGGACGUCGAUCUGCUCGAGUGAUUCAGCCCCUUCGCUGAGGUUCUGUAAGCUGCUGGUGAUUCUGGAUCCUCCAGCAGGAAUAUUCUGAAUGUUGGAUACUGUUUGUGAGGGUCUCAACACCUGGGAUUCAAGUCCCUCUUCACCAUCAGGCGCCUCACGGAUUCCCAUUCUCACUGGAGAGUUGUCCUGCCGGAUGUUCAACAUUCGUCGAUUCAGGAAGUCCAUGUUGGUACCACAGACAGAACUGGGUCCAUCAGCUCCAUCAAGCAGUCGAGAAUUCCUGGGAUCGUCGUCAGUCGGGGGAAUCGAUGAGUCGUUUGCUGAGUUAUCGACCUGGGGAAUCGAAUCAUCAGCUUCCAAGGUCACUGGAGAUGUGUCAAAGUGUGAGGAGUUGGAGAACUCCUCUGCUUGAAGCCUCAGAGCCAAUUCCUCGUCACCAGAAACGUCUUCUCUUGGGGGAUCGUACGUUUCGAUGCUCUCGUCCACUUCGUGAUCCUCAGAAUUACCAUUCGUCUCCAUCUUCAGGAGAUGCUCCACAUGCUGGGGACUGUCGUAAUGAGGAAUGUAGGGUUUUAUGUCCAGGACUGGGGUACCAUCCACGGUGUCCACUCCCUCGAAGACAAUCGUGUUGCCCUCGAUCUCCAGGAUUUUCACUAGACUCAGACCAAUGGGACAGGGACGAUGGGGAGAACGUGUUGAGAAUACACCAGUUCUGAUGCCAUUCAGACGAGGUGGAGCUACUUUUGCCCGUGUGUGGGUGGACUCGUUGCGAUGAAAGUGAAAGAGAAUCCUGAAGAGGUAAAUUGUUGCAAUAAAAUGAAGAAAAUCGAAUUAAUUUUGGGCUCACCACAUGUGGGAGAACUCCUGGAGUCCAUUCAGGGCAUGUUCAGGAUUCGUGAAGACAGUGUUGAAUAAUGUGAUCUUCCCACACAUGUCCCUACCAAUCCCCGACUGCCUGGGAGUCCCUCUCUUGCUGGGGAAUCCAGUGUUGAUGACUCCUAUUGGUGUCAUUGACACUGAUGAUGUGUCCAACGGUUGGGAAGUCGAUGUCGUGGGCUCCAGGGGUGAUAAAUCGUCCCCUGGAGGAGUGGAUCCCAGGUGGUGGCUGAUGAGUCUCUUGAUACCGUUCACAUCCUUCUCGAAGAUGUACCUGAGGCUCUUGAUUUGUUGUCUGAAGGAGAUAAAAUAAAUAAAUAAUUUCAUUGGUUGUGAAUCUCACGUCGUGCGGUGUUCAGCUGCCCCAGGAGCAACACAGGAUCCACUGGGUCGUCCCUCUGACCAUUAACAGAGUCCAUUGUCUGUUAAUUCAGUCAAUUAGGCAUGAUUAAUUAAUUAACAGUCUUUGCAGUUGAAAAUGUCAAUUAAAAUCCUUCGAUUAUUGAGGAGGAGUUGAGGUGCCUUUGGGCGAGUUCUCAAUGAACGAGCGAACGACUUCCGGCGAAUUCUCAACGACAGAGUCCACUGCGCAUGCGUUUGGAAGCGGGAGAGGGGAGUUGGCGUCCAAAAUGGCGUCCAAUAUGGCGGAACGAGUUCUUGUUGGUGGACUUUCUUUGUGUUUCGACGAUGUUUGUGCUAAUUGGUGAGGAUUAAUUGGGAAAAUUGGGGGGAAAACGUCGAGAAAAUGUUGAUUGUCUGCUGUGAUCUAUUGGCUUUGGUCUUUUAACAAGAAGAGGGUCGAAAUCAUGAGAAUUUACCCGAGAAAUUCGUCUUCAAUUGUUUAUUCGUCAUUUUUAAUCCAAAAAUCGUUUUUUAAAAUAUAAAUUGAGAGACUGCGGACGUCUAUGGAGCCACUUCAACCCCCAAAUUUCGCCCCAACCAGGAGGGACGUACCUGUCGAUAAAACAGACGGGAAUUAACGACCGAGAAUGUGACGACCUGGAGAUCUUUUUCCUCCAGGAGAUGAGAAUACCACGAAAAACGUAGGGAUCGACUCUAGGGAAUUUCUGGUACCUUCGAGGGAUCGCAAAAGGUCUCAGGAAUGGAAUCUCUAGAGGAGGAUUAGGCCCCCCCAGGGGCAUUACCCACCCGAACCUGCUCUCCCCCAUCAUUUAUCGAUGGAAAACAACUAGUGAAGGGAAGGGAGCCCUCAGGAGCACAACUUCCCAUUUUUAAUUACGAUUUUUCAUUAAAUUCUGUGCAGUAGAGAGAAUUUUCGAAUAAAAAAAUAUUUUAUUUAAA